GUGUGGGCGCUUAUCCGAGUACGGGCAUUGAAUAUUGAGCGCUUGAGCGAUGACGCCCACAGAGACAAACAUCGACUGCGUCCCGAAGCGUUCACCACGUGCCUCCAACACACUUGUUUCACCACGAUCCUCAGCCAUAGCGCAAAGCACUCGAUGCGUGCAUUGAGCUUCAAUAUCGGCCUGAGUGGUCUACAUCCUUUUUCAUGGUUCAGGCAGACAGUCGCUCAACCGGAGCCAAACAGUAAUAGCGAGUUAUGGUGGGAGGAAUCUCUCACCGACGAAGAGAUCUAUAAGCUAUGCCAUGGUGCUCCGGAAUUGCGCAUUCUCGGCUCUUCCCAAUCCGGUCUGCAACCUCCACCUAUCUUUAUCAUAUCACCUCGAGUAAUCGUCAAAACGGGUAGCUAUACGCUUGGGGAGUUUGAAGCUCGCGCAAUGGAGAUCGUUCGCGCUCAGACGUCGAUCCCCGUUCCCAAACCAUUGCGCAUUUUCAAACGCGGUGAAACAUUCUUGCUGGCUAUGGAACACAUCCAAGGGCGCUCGCUCGACUGGUGCUGGGACGACCUCAGCCCCUGGCGGAAGUUCGUCAUCGCAUGGACGCUCCGUGGCUACAUCCGCCAGCUCAGACGCGUACGGACAGAGCAGAUCGAACGCCAAAUCCCCGGGCCGCUCACGGAUGAUCUUUCAAAGCCGCUGAAGUGCUUUGGCCCCGCAAUGGGUGCCGACUAUCAUUGCGGCCCCUUCUCAUCCGCCGCAGCGUUGUUCGAAUGGCUCAAUGGACGCUUGCGCGUCUCACAAUACAUCAGGGAGCGGAGCCUCGAUACCCCGCCGUUUGUGCAGAGAGAGCGGCUGGUCCUUGUUCAUGGGGACCUUACUCCACGAAAUGUCGUGCUGGGUGACGACGGGAAGCUAUGGUUGAUUGACUGGGGCAGCUCGGGGGUUUAUCCUCCCUGGUUCGAGGCUGGUGGUAUGCUCUUUACCGAUCCUCAGCCGAGUUGGUGGAAAUGGGUGCGGAGGUUAGUCGCAGGCUGGUAUGCCCGCGACAUGCACACUUAUGUAGCCGCGCUAUAUGGUAUGACCACUGGCUUCUUUGUUCCAGACCCGCUUGUACACAAGUACUGA